AUGGUGGAGAUUUCUCAACUGCCUGACGACUUAUUAGGUGAGAUCCUGAAACGGAACGUCAAUCCCUAUGAUAGGAAUCGGGUCUCUGAAGUAUGCAAACGAUGGUUGACAGUUGAGGGACUUACCAGAAGGUCACUUUAUCUUCGCAAACUCAUUUUUCUCCGUAAGGUACUGCCACGAUUUCCGAAUCUAGUAACGUUCAAGAUAUUCAACCCUAUCUCUGAGGAAGCCGAUCUCGAAUUCAUAGCCCAAACAUGUUCCAAACUGCAGGUCAUCAAUUUACAUCGUCCCAAAAAAUACGGAUAUCAGUUGUUACCGAAGAACGGUCUGUCAGCUGACGGCGGCCUUAUGAACUUGUCCAAUGUUUCGCUAAGAGAGAGACGGAAUGGAAGAAGAAUUCGUAGAUGGCUGCAUCAGUUGGCACCUGAUUACUUGACUUAUUUGGAUUUGCGGAAGUGUUGCUAUUACAAUGACAGGCGCAUGGUCGAUGAUAGUGAGGUCGAAGAAAUUGAGGGAUUGUGCACUCGUUUGACCUAUCUGAAUUUAGGACAUUCCCAUAUUUCAGACAAGACUUUGAGAUUGUUGGCAAAUGCAAGGUUCUCAAAAACCCUCAGGACAUUGGUGCUUGCUCAUUGCUUAUAUAUAACUGAUGCUGGGGUUACGCAUUUGCAGAAUAUGCAAUCCUUGGAGGAGCUCGAUUUGCAAAGCUGCGGCGAUCAUGUCACUGAUAUUGGAGUUAAGAAAGCAAUCUCUGAAAAUCGAUCCAUCAAGAAGUUGAACUUGCGUAAUUUAAACAAUGUGUCAGACCAAAGCAUGGUUUUUGUUGCUGAGAACUGCCGUAACUUAGAGAGUCUUAAUAUAAGUGGUACUGGUGUAACUAGCGCUGGAAUUCGAGCACUUUCCGGUCACAAGUGUCUAGAGACUCUUGUUUGGUGCAUGUAUGGUGAAAUUUGUUGGUCUGAUGUCGAGCAUAUGGUGCUUGGGUGCCAGUCACUCAAGUCUAUCGUCUUGAGGAAGCAGCAUUUGAACCAAGUUCCGGCAAGCGUUAGCAGAAUUGCGACCUUCGUUGAUUAG